AGCUCUCCGACUUUACGGUGCAAUCGUGCGAACAAUGGCCGGCGACGACGAUCUCCUCGCAACGCUCAACGUUACCAUGAUGGCGUGUCUGCUGUUGCUUCAGCGUCGCCGCUCUCGAAAUGCGCCGCGAAGAUAUUGGGUGCAUCCGCUUUGGAGGUACAGAGAUACUGAAGGACAGGCCCACACACUGCUUCCCCGUCUGCGAGCAAGGGAUGAAGUCUAUUUCCGAGAUUUCCUCCGAAUGCCACCAAGGACUUUUGACACAUUGCUCAGUCUCGUUGGACCACUUAUCGAGAGAAGAGUGACGCCGUUUCGGCUGCCAAUUUCUGCACAUGAAAGGCUGGCGAUGACCCUGAGAUUUCUUGCUAAUGGAGACACCUUCCGAAGUCUGUCAUUCAACUUUCUGACAGGACGAUCCACGGCAGGUGAAAUAGUAAGGGAAACAACGGCCGUGCUGUGGCAUGUUCUCCAACCACUGUACAUGAAGUUUCCUCAGACAACUGGGGAGUGGAAAAGGAUUGCUGCAGAUAUGGAGGAAUUUUGGAAUUUUCCUAAUUGUUUGGGAAGCAUAGAUGGAAAACAUGUCAUCAUUGAAUGCCCAAGGAAUACCGGUUCAAGGAACUUAAACUACAAGAAAACCUUCAGUGUUGUUUUCCUUGCAGUGUGUGAUGCACAUUACAGAUUUACAUACGUUGACAUGGGCCACUUUGGAGGCGAAGGAGACAGUGGAAUUUUUUUAAGGUCCCGUUUGCUGGAUUGCUUCAACAGAAGACUGUUUGGAGUUCCCCCGCCAUCAAAUGUCGGAAGCAUAGGACUUAUACCCUAUGUAUUAGUAGGGGAUGAAGCCUUUCCCCUGAAGACUUUCAUGAUGCGACCCUACCCCCAGCGAGGCAAGUUUCGUUGUGCAUGUGCAGCACAAUUUCUUUCUUGAUGCUGGACAAUUAUACAAAUACAAAGAAAAUUCUUAUAGAAGA